AUGAAAUAUCAAUUUGUCUUACCUUUAUUAACUUUGGCUUCUCAAGUCUUAGCUGCUCCAGCUGUUGUUACUCAAACUUCAGUCGUUUGGGUUACUGAUGGUGCAGGUAAUGCUCAACCUCAACCAACUGAAGCUCCAUCUUCUUCAGCUGCUGCUCCAGCCGUUGGUAAAGUUCAUGAAGUUGUUGUCUCUCAAUUAGUUGAAAUCAAUGGUGAUAACACUAAAACUUCAUUAACUACAUUCACUAGAGAAGUUGGUGGUUCAUCAACUGAAGCUGGUGCUCAAUCAUCAACUGCUACUGUUUCAGAUAACAAUGCUCCUUCAUCAACUCAAGCUGUUUCUCAACAAGGUGAACAAGGUUUACAAGCUGCUGAUAGAGCUGUUACUUCAAUCGUUGAUAACGGUUCUUCAACUAGUGCUAACGUCCCAGCUAGUGUUAGUCAAACUUAUACUCCAUCAUCAACUAAACAAACCACCACUUUACAAUCAUCAACUUCAAAACAAGAUACUCAAACUUCAACUUCAUCAACUGCUCCAGCUCAAUCAUCAACUUCAGGUGGUGAUUCAGAUUUCGCUAAUGCAAUCUUAAACGCUCAUAACGAAAAACGUUCUCAAGUUGGUGUUUCAGCUUUAUCUUGGUCUAAAGAUUUAGAAGAAUACGCUCAAAACUAUGCUGAUCAAUACUCAUGCUCAGGUUCAUUAACCCAUUCAGGUGGUAAAUAUGGUGAAAACUUAGGUCUUGGUUACUCUGACACUGGUGUUGUUGAUGCUUGGUUCAAUGAAAAGAGUGAUUACUCUGCUUCAUCACCAGUUGCUUCUCAUUUCACUCAAGUUGUCUGGGGUUCUACUACUAAAUUAGGUUGUGCUAAAAAAGAAUGUGGUGAUUAUUGGGGUGCUUAUAUCAUUUGUUCUUAUGAUCCAGCUGGUAAUGUUGCUGGUCAAUAUGGUCAAAAUGUUAAAGUUUAA